GCAAUAGUUGCUGGACGAUGUUGGUAAAUUUAAAUGACAACACAACCUAGAUGACAAGCGCAAUCAACUCAGUGUUAGCACACAUGAUUAAAUCUUGGAUCGUAGGAUUUUUCCCGUUUCAAAUUUCAUUUUCCCCUAACAAGCGUAAGUUAAUGGUGUUUAAACACAUUUAUUUUAAACUGUUUCAAUAUACGAUAUAAUAUGUUUAUUUUGAUGGAUUUAUUAUUAUUAAAGUUGGAUACGUUUAUUGGUUUUUAAGUAGGGAUUUAUUCUGAUUAGCUGAAGGACAAUUUAACAUCGUUAACAAUCAAACAAAUCAUUGACAAUUACCGACUUUAUUGAAGAAAAAAAAAAACAAGGUGUGGUUCUAGAAUGUUCAAUUAAUUAACUUGAUUAUUGUGAUUUAAUAUUAUUGAUCCAAUGACAUUCUGCCAUCUAAUACUUCAUUAGGACUGCGGAUUAGGGGAAACAGCAUGUCAUUUAAACAGCGCUGAUGCGUCAUGAAACAUGGUGGGGAGUCGUAAAAUAAGUCUACAAUUUUUCUACUCCGUACUGCUCAACUGCAGCGCUAUGAAGCGGGGUCAUAAAAUAUGUCACGCUAUUUUGGCAACUUUUGUUACCUCCCCACCCACUCCCCACCUUUUAUUUUUCCCACCUAAUUUUCACAAAUUUUAAUCAAAACUAGGAAUCAAUGGCCCGUGCCAUUGCACAACGUGAAAGAUUCAUGAUCACAACCCCCCCCCCCUCCCCCAAUCCCUUUUUUGUUUUAUAAAUAAAAGUGUGACGUCAUUUAUAAGACGCUCCAAACUCAAAACUAUUGGGCAUCCAUUAGACACAGAGGAACUAAAAAAAAAACUCACCUAAAUAUUGAUAUCAUUAGCCAUAAAUGGAGACACUGCCGCUGGCGUCAGGGGGGUGGUGAACGGGGCGAUCCACCACAGCGCUGAGCGUCACCCUUAUACUAUUAUAUAUUAUUAAAAUAGCCAGCCCAUGCCUUCUAAUCGAUUGACAUUUCCAGCCAUCACACUGUUCGAAGGUACCUGAUAUUAGAAUGACCAGUCUAUCCCCCUAGUUUAAACGCGUGACGACGCUAAAGUGAAUAGCGAAGCUGCUGCAAGACCUGCGAGCUGAGAGAUUUUUGAAUUUUCGCUUGCCAUGGUUUGUCAUAUUUCAGAUGACCGUCUUCCCAAAAGAAUUUUCUAUGGUGAGCUUGAACAAGGAAAGCGGUCUGUCUGCUGGCGGACAGAAAAAACGCUUUAAAGACAACAUAAAAGCCUCACUGAAAGCGUUCAACAUAAACCCAGACAUGUGGGAGGAACAAGCAAAGUAUCGAACUUCAUGGCGUUCCACUUUGCACAGGAGCUCCAUGCAACAUGAAGUUGGCAGAACAGCGGCUGCAGAGCGCAAGUGACAUGCCAGGAAGGCCCGGUCUGACUCUGCUCCCGGAGAUGCGCCAUCAUUCCUCUGCACCUACUGCACAAGAGAAUUUCGUGCCAGAAUCGGCCUCAUUAGCCAUCUGCGCACCCACAGACAGAACCAGCACAAACUCUGAUUGUUAAAGUGGUCAUGUUCGACUCCCGACUGACGAACAAAAACAUAUGGUUAGACACUCUGUUUGCUUAGUAUACCAUUAGUAAGAUCGUUUAUAUCUCGCCUAUGCAACUUGAUGUAGCCGAUGAUAAUGAAGGAAGGACUGCGUUCAAGCUUGUGAAGGAAAUAGUGGAACAAGUUAUGUUGAAGCUUAAAAUUUAUAGACAGGAAAAUAAAAGAAGAACGUAUCGGCCAAAAGCCUUCCUCUGCAGACUCUUCGGUGAUAUCCCUUUUUAAACCACCUUGGCUCCAGUCCCCACAUCUUCUCAGUAGUGAAAAGGAAGAUACGCUGGGAAGCUGCAGUGGGAAUUUAUUCUCUGAAUGAAGUAAAACGUAGUCAUAAUAAUUGAUCGUUAUUUUCGCUCAUGCGCAAAUGAUCGCUUACAAAAUAAUGUUGACAGUGCCGGUAACCAUAACAAGUGCAACAAGAAGUUCUUCAAAAAUUUAAAAUAGAUUAUCAUUGUCUCACUUUCGAUUGAAUGGAAUGUUAACAUUGUCGAUUGAACGAUACUCUAUACAACCAUGUGCGAUGUCGAAACGUCUUAUUUUACUGUUUAAUUAACUGUCGGAUUAUCGUCUGAAUUUUGUUGCUUACAUGAUGCAGUAUAUUAGGUAGCGGAUAGCUCAUUCAGCUUUUUGUAGUAUUUUUGUUUUUGUUUUUUUUACCCUUGUUUGGGACAACCUUUGAGAUUAGCAACAAAGAAACCACGAUGACAAUUAUUCGGCUAAGAUCUAUUCAACUGUUACAGUAAAACAAAUAAAUAAAAACUUAUUAAGAAAAGCGGCCGAACAAAUCCCGGUAUGACAUGCUCACAUAUGACAAGUCAGGACCAGUAUGAUUAUUAAAUAUCUUAAUAUCAUAUCCCGCUCCCCAGUAGCGCCGGCCUUGAUUGAUAUCAGUGAUACAUAGAUAUCGGCAAAUGUAAUUCAUACAUAGAACUCUCUUCGAAUAUGUUUCUAGUAAUAGCAAAUAAAACUAAAUCGCUAAAAUGAAAUGAGAAAAUACAUGGUCAUUGUAUGCAUCGGUGAAAAAAAAUAUAUAUGAAAUAAUCAUUGGAAUUAUUCAUAAUUCUCUUCAACAGGUCAUUCACCCCAAAUUGAGAGGCUUUCUGUAGAUUAUAUCGUCAUAAUGUCGCUUAUGCUUUUGAAAACCAAGAACCUCUCCUGGCAGGACCACACGCUAAACAUAGAGGUGAUGAUGUCACCACAAGGCCACACCCUCCUCCUCAACAAACACAAGGCGCUGGACACGAAAGCUGAAAGACAGAGAGCCAUUUUCGAGAGGGAGAGACAAUCUUGCCUCAAACGUUACACCCUAGAGGAGCGGCUGAUUAAACGCCAGAGGCAGAGUCUGCACAUGAGGAAGGAAGAAGUGGAAGAGGCGAGAUCAAAAUCUGCAGCUGAAAAUCACGGGCAGGGAACUGGUGGAGGAGAAGAUGACGCUUCUGCAGGAAGAACUCUUUCAGCUCCGACUCACUGCAAGACGAGAACAGGACCCGAUGAUAAUGACUCGUCCUCAUUUUCAGGGUCAGAUUUGUUUCGCUCUCAAUUUACUAAACCCCCAUUGAAAACUGGGUCACUUUUUGGUGCGACGGUGUUUAAACAACGCGUCAUAAGUGACGUGACCCAAACGGAAGCAGGUUCUUCUGCAAUGCCUGAACCCGUCACCACGGCCCACAAACAGCCCAGGCCUGGAUUCGAUGAUGAUGAGUUGAAUCAUGGCGUGUUCAUCACAGAGACAAGAAAAUCACCCGUGUCGGCGUCGCAGACAACCGGAAAUAUGUCUUCCAUGAAACAAACUGUUUCACAUCAAGUGAUGGACAACACAUCAAUGCCGCCCAUACCUUUACAACGUCGCAAUGCUACAGUCACAUUUAAAAGUCAUGUUUCCCAAAGAGACGAAACAAAACAUGGGACUGGAGUUGUAUCAGUUGAAAUUCACAAGACCUCCGUGGAAGACAAGGUCAGAACAUUUCUUAAAGAACAGGAAGCGUUUAAUCGAAGACCUGCAACAUCCGGGCCAAACGGCAGUUAUAGAAACGAGCAACUUACAUUUAACUUCCGGACCCCGAACCCAACCAGCAGACCGCUGGUGGCCAAUAAAUACACCAGACUGACCGUCGAGACGAAGCUUCUCGAGAGAUCGUUUGACAGGUUUUGCGAGAGCCAAUCGUUUGAGGACCUGUUGAAGACGAUGAAGCUGGCAUCCAAGAUGAAAGCACAAGUCCGCCAGGCCAGGAACACUAGCCUCGUUCCCACGAUGGCCGUCUUCAAAUCUACAAAGACUUUCAUGACGCUGCUUGCACGAAAACAACGAAAAGAGAAGGAGCAAUGUGCGCAUGCCAAAUGAAAGUGUUUGGAAUUUCAAAGUUGCCUUAGCGUGUACCAUUUUGGCCAUUCACUGGUUAUAUCAUGUUAUGUUAUCAGUUAACUUUACUACAAUCUAUUCUUAUGUGUCGUAUUCGAAUAAAAAAUGAGGCUUUAAAAAAAGUUACAACACUUUGUGUAAUGGCUUAGCAAGUAAAUGUAUUAUAUGAAAAGCCACAGAGGCGUCUUCAAGGUGGGGAUAACUGGAUUUGUUAAAAAACAGCGAGUGUUGAAAUCCUCUUCUGGUUCACAUUUCGUCUUAGGAAAUAAAUAGAAAACAAUUGCAU